AUGGCAGCUCGAUCGAACACAGCUGAUUCCAGAGCGAGCCGAUUCCACAGAUCCAGUGUUAGCGAUUCAAGGUCAUCCUCGGAGUCGUCGACUACCGAGCGGAGCCUUCUCACAUCGAGUCUGACGAGUUUACGAGGGUCUCUGAGGCGCAACCACCCAGAGAAGAAGGAGACACAACCCACAGUCUACCUUAUAAUUCAACGACCUGAGCCUAGGAAUGUUGGCAUUUCAUGGACCAUCGCGAUCCGCGUGCCAGAGGGACCGGAUUACAUGUUCGACAUCUUGCCCAACAACAAAACUCAAAAGGGCUUCCAGGUUCGGGAAGUGAGAGUGGCUGAUGCUACUAUGAAAUCUGCGUAUUUCCAGGCCACUAUCAAGGUGGGCAUUGUACCAAUCAAUGGCCCUGCCGCGGAACACUCGCUCGGGCAUGUGGCCAACAGUUUCAAAAGCCAAAAGAUCAGCACCGAUAAACCCACCGGCAUGAGCGUUAUAUGGGUUACCGAUGUCCUAGACAAACUGAAAAGAACCGAGUUUCUCCAUUUUGAAAGAGGCGCCAAUGAGAAGAUUGAGGAACAGAUUCGUAAUAUGGAGAAGAAGCUGAAAGCAAACUCAAGCGCAGGACGUCCUUGA